CGUAAUCCUCUUAGAUAGAAGUCGCACCUCGUACAACUUCCAUUACCCAGUGCUACCACGAUUGCUUCGUUUAUGCGGCUGUCGAAGAAAGAAACAUGUCCUGCUUCCGCGCGGAGCGUCUUUUCCCCAUUAGCCAUCGACUCCGUCUACGCGUGUUUUUUUUCGGAGAGGCACACAGUGCCGGCAUUUCGUCGUCCGCGGAAAAAUUCGACAUUGUGAAGGCGAUGAACAAGCCGAGUGCUGGCGCCGCUACUCGCGCAGCUGUGCUUUCACCAGGGGUCCUCGGCGACGGUGAAACAAGGUCUGCUGUUGAUGUCUGUCACGGCUUCGGCAUCGAAAGCCAUGCGUCGGAACAGAAAUGUUGGGAGGCGACGCCUUCAAUCAACAAAGUUGUGACGGAACUUGCGAGAAUGGAUAUGGUUCAUCUGGGUGGAACUACAAGCAAAAGUGGAACGCAGAAGAAUCACGAAAAUGGCAACCACUCCCGACAACUUCCGAAAAUCCACCUCUACUGUCUGGACCGCGCCGCGAAAGACACGCAAAAGCGGAUCUCUGCCAACGUGCUGCCACUUGAGCUCCUACGGUCGCGGCGGCACAGGGGCUGCGCAGAAAUCUUCAAGCAAGGUGGAAAACAAGUCACUGAUCGUCAUGCUGAUUGGCAACAGGCACUGCUUUCCUGGAGGCAGCGGUUUCAAAACGAUUGCGAAAUGUGUUUUCGGAUUCUUCAGGCGGAGAGGGAGGAGCUGAUGGCGCUAAACUUGGUUCUCGCAGCGGAGGAUCUGCUGUGCAAGAGAACUGCAAGCUUACAAGCGUAUAAUCCUGUCGACGUGCAGCCGAAUGGCAAUGCGGCUGCGGUACCAGUGGCUAAUGAAACGCGAAAGUUUAUGACCGAAGAUGCGCGAGCGCGCAAAUGUGGCCUUCCCAUCGAGCACUUUCUGCUGCAACAGCGACAGCAGGAGUUUCAAGGACAAUCGGACGACAUCAAAGUGUUGGAAGCCGAAGUAGACAAGGACACUUUAGGCAGAAAUAGCCGCGCUGUUGAGAUCCGUUUUGGCGUACUGUGCGGCGCCUCGCACAUUUCGGGCAUCACGACCUAUCUGGAGAGGUUUUUCGGGAGUCGAGCCAUUGGGGACGACGAGGACCGUAGUUUCUAUAGCCACGCGUUCUGGAAAAACCCAGAAAACAGAGGUAUUCUACCGCAGCUGACAAAGGAGAUUUUGGGUAGGGCCCGGCCGGGACCAUGUGUUAAAAAAUCUAGUGGGGCAACCCCAGAGGAAGCGGCAAACACGAAUGCAACAUCAAGCGGAGAGCAGAGGGGCUUUGACAUAGUUGAAAGCGAAUGCGCCGAGGCUCUGCCCUGUCCACUUGUACUUCCAGACGCUAGGAGGGAUCGAGACCUGCUCUCACCUCCGUGCAGCAACGCGGACGAGGAGCAACUCAUCGAGAGAAGCUGGGCUCCCCGUGACCAAAGGAGCAUUCUCGACCGCAGACGGGAGCUGAUGUCAGCAACUGGUGGGAUCAGCACGGUAUCUGCCAGAACCGGUGGAACAGCAAACAGUAGCGCGACGAGAAUCAUAAAGGGCGUUCUUCUGUGUUUACAACUCGGUUUCGCAGGGAUCUGUUUCUACGUCCCCUAUCGUAUCGACAUGUACCUUUUCGAACAGAAAAUGCGAGAAAUGGAGGAUUCUGAUAAAGCAAGUACACUCCCCUCGAGUUGUUCAUCGACGUAACGGGAUUACAGAGUAUUGCUCGGUCGGCCCGUAAGAAGUGCUGCACUUCGUCGAUUCGACAACGUUAUCGCGUUCGGAAUGGUACAUUUUUCGACUCGUCGACGGUGUCGUGUCGUGCAGUGGAAUCGUGGCUGCGCAUCGUCGUUGUCGUCUCCCCCACUCGCGCCAUCGGCGGGAAGUCAAAUUUUACGUGGAAACCAUUUUUUUGUCAGUGUCUAGGAGCUCGUGGCGUCUCACGGGAAGAAAAGUUGGGCGCAAGUGGACUGUUUCCUUUUUGCAACAAUCACGACUUUAUCGCUCAAAUAGGACAGUACAAUCAACAUUGCGCCCCGACUAUUGGCAUCGACUUAAGCGAUGGGAAUCCUGUCACAAAUUCCACCGUUGCAGGACCAUCUGGAAGAUGCGUUUUCUGCGCUUACGAUACAGCAGCAGCCGAAGCAAUCCGUGGCCGCAGCGCGAAGAGUUGGGUUAUACAACGGGAAUGUAACCACGAGCUUUGUUGUUGAGAACCACUUACAACGCAAUUCGGCCGCCACGCAUAAUAAUCCUUCAUCCUUCUACGCAGCAACGUUUCAUCCUCCUGCCGCACCAAGUGACACAGGAGGAGAUGGAACAACCCUGCAGUUUCCCUUCUCAUCCUCCUCCUCCCACCAGCGACAGUUCCUCAACUUCCCCACCCACGGCUCCUUUCACACGCGGCGC